CUAUAUAAAUUCGUUGCUCUCGAUCAUUUCGGUAGACAGCCGUCUUCAUCGGUGCACGUAAGGAAGAUCUAUCUAAUCAUGGCAAUCAGAGGUUUAUUAAUUCUUGGCCUAAUCGUCGCCUGUUAUGGCGCAACAGUGCCGUUUCUAGAGCCAAGAAUCGUAAAUGGGGUGGACGCAAAGCCAGGAGAAAUUCCAUACCAGAUCUCUCUUCAAAUGAAACUAUCGAACUUCCAUUUCUGCGGUGGUUCAAUUCUCAACAAGAACUACGUCAUUACUGCUGCUCAUUGUGUCCUCACUAAAUCAAAAAAUAACAUCCAAGUGGUCGCCGGUACAAACUAUUUGAACGAUGAGAAAUCUUCUAUUCACAACGUUAAGAAUAUCAUCGUACACGAAAAUUACAGUCCUUCAGAUUCUUGGAAGAACGAUAUCGCAUUAUUGGAGGUAGUUGAACCUUUCUCCGAAACUAAAUUGAUAUCUUUUAUCAACCUGCCAACAUCUCACGACGUUAUCAAUGCCAACGAUAGGGCCGUUAUCUCUGGAUGGGGUAGACUUUGGCAAAACGGUGCAACGACCAAGAAAUUGCAACGUGCACAAAUUUACAUCGCCGAUCAGACUUACUGCCGAAAUAUGUACAGCAAGAUGAAUUAUAACAUCCAUGAUUCUCAUAUUUGUGCUUAUGAUCCGGAAUCUCCUAGAGGAUCUUGCCACGAUGAUUCUGGUGGCCCCUUGACCGUUAAUGGGAAACUCGUUGGUCUGGUCUCAUGGGCUAAAGCUUGCGCCCUUACCGACUACCCUACGGUUUACACUCGUGUCUCCGAGUUCAAGAACUGGAUCAGGACUCACACAGAAGCUUAAAUUCAAGUUCAACGUAUAAUAAUAAUCGAUGAUUUUACGACGAGUCACGUAUCAACGUGACACAUAAUAAUAAUAACAAUAAUAUUUAUUAAUAUAGCUAACACUACUAUCUAAUCUAUUUCUAAUCGGACAAUACCGAUAAUUUUAAUUCGGUGCUUUAAAUAAUAAACAUGGAUCAAUAAACGAUCUAAACGUUAAAUUGCAA